CUCCCCGAGCGGCCAAUCAUCGCUCAGCUUGUGCGCCUGCGCCUUGAGGAGGAGCAAGAGCGAGCGGGAGAGGCCGUUGUUUCCGUUGGGCGCCCUUUUUGUCGCCGCCGCCGCCGCCGCCGCUUGUGAGGAUCCGGCGCAGGCUUCGAUAUUAAUAAAGCAGCGGAAAGAAGAAAUAUGAAUAAAGCUCCCUCACGGUCCAGCCCAUCUCGAAGGGAGCCCUUGCCCUACGGAGAGAAGGAUGGCCGGCGCGACCGCUCUCCCAUCCGGGGCAGCCCACGAAGGGACGGGCGAGAUGGUCGCGAUUCCCGGGAUGGUCGGGACCUUCGUAUGCGAGACGCACGCGGGCCCAGGGACCCUCGCGACACCAGGGAGUUCCGAGACCCCAGGGACAUGAGGGACCCCCGGGAACCGGCCUAUGACCGCUACAGGGAUUCCCGGGAACCCCCGUCUUACAGGCGGGAGGAAGGCUAUGACCGCUAUGCGCGGCCUGAGCGUCCUGAUGACGGCGGCUACCGGCGGAGGGAGGAGCCCUACUAUGGCCGUUACCGUGAUCAAGUGGAGAGGGCCCCCUUGAGCACCGAAGAGCGCAUGAAGCGCGAAGAGCGGCGGAGGGAGGAGCUCUACCGCCAGUUCUUUGAAGACAUCAAGAGGCGCAUUGAUGCGGAGCGCCCAGUGGACUGCUCAGUGAUUGUGGUCAACAAGCAGACCAAGGACUAUGCGGAGUCUGUGGGGCGCAAGAUCCGUGACCUGGGCAUGGUGGUGGACCUCAUCUUCCUCAACUCAGAGAUGUCUCUGCAGCAAGCCCUAGAUGACAUCAGCCAGGGCGGGUCGGCCUUUGCCAUUGUCAUCACACCCCAGCACCAGGUUCACCACUCCUGCACUGUCAACAUCAUGUUCGGCACCCCUCAAGAGCACCGCAACAUGCCUCAGGCAGAUGCCAUGGUGCUGGUGGCGAAGAACUAUGAGCGCUACAAGGUGGAGGUGCGGGAGAAGGAGCGGGAGGAGAUUGCCCGGCAGGCCGCCAAGAUGGCCGACGAGACCGUCCUGCAGGAGCGGGAGCGGCCCCCUCCGUCGAGCGAGGAGGGGCCCCGCGGGGGACACCCCCCCAGCAUCCAGGCCCUGCUCAACCUGCUGGCGGACAACCGCUACCUGACGGCCGAGGAGACCGACAAGAUCAUCAACUACCUGCGGGAGCGCAAGGAGCGGCAGCUGCGGGCAAGCGGAGACGCCCUGCCAGCUCCGCUUCCCCGCCCGGCCAUGGGCACCCCCUCCGGCUCCUCCCUGGCGGCGCUGCCCAGCCCUCAGUCCCACCAGAGCGGGCAGUCCUUGCCUCCCUCCGGCUCCAGCGCCAUGGUGCCUAACUCCCAGCAGGAGCUCCAGGCCAAGAUCCUCAGCCUCUUCAACAGCGGGGCGGCAUCCGCCUCCAACAGCGGCUCCAGCAUGGGGGUCUCUCAGAACACGGGCUUUGUUCCCCCGGUGCCCGGCUCCCAGAACCACUCCGCGGGCGUGAUGGGCGGCUCCGGCCCAGGGAUGCCCCCGUCCCAGCAGCGCUCCCCGGCCCAGGUCCCCCAGCAGUUCCAAGGCCACCAGGGCCCCGCCCGCGCCCCCGGCCCCAGAGGCCCGGCCCCGCUGCAGCCCUCCCAGCCCAUGUACCAGAACCGGGGCCCGGCCCCCGGGAACACCGGCCCCUCCCGCCCUGCCCCCUCCUCCUCCGGGAUCAACUUCGACAACCCCAGCGUGCAGAAGGCCCUCGACACCCUCAUCCAGAGUGGACCGGCCCUCUCGCACCUGGUCAACCAGACGGUCAGCCAGGCCCGGGCCGUAGCCCCCGGCCAGCCAGCCAUGGGCUCCUACCAGAGGCAUUACUAGCGCCCGCCUCCCCCGUUCCUCCUCUCCCGUCACAAGGAUGCCCUGCCCUGCCUCCCGUUGCUCAGCCAAUCUUGGCUGCCUCUGUUGUGAGAAGGCCGUGCCCUUUCAGACUGAUUGACCAUCUGGCCCCUCCGUCCCUCCCUCUCUUUUUCCGAGGGCUUCCACGCAAAUCGGAAUCUGAGCUCCUGCUCCCAAUUUCUUCCUAGAAGGGUCCGGUGGUGGACGUAGGCGCCUUGUCCAUACAUAAAAGGCCAGCGCUUCGGGGCGCCAGGCAUGGCUUCCUUUGCGGGUUGAGAGGCUAUUUCUUGUGAGUUUCCUUGUUUAGCCUUGUUCCUGGGACUGUAGCUGUUCUGUUCCCGAAUGGUUUCUGUUUGGGGUUUAUUUUUGUCAUGUAGAUAAAACCUCUGUACUGUUAUGAAGAGGACUUACCUUUUUAAAUAAAAAAGAUUGUGUAUAUAUCUAUA